CCGGGCCCGUCCUGUCCCCGCCGGCCGCCCUCCAUCCAUCGCCCGGCUCGGCCCGGCUUCCGGUUCGGACGGGGUCGGAAGAGGAGGAGGAAGAGGAGGAGAAGAAGAGGAGGGAGGAGGCCGAGGCAGGGGUUCCUAUCAAAGUCCUCACAGCAAUGGCAUCCUGUUUGUACGAGUGUCUUUGUGAGGCAGAACUUGAGCAGUAUUACCCCCAUUUCACUGCCGCGGGGUUCCAGAAGAUAGAUGAACUGGCCAAGAUCACGAUGAAAGACUACACCAAGUUGGGAGUCCGCAGCAUGAGUGACCGCCACCGCCUCUUCCAGCUCAUUAAAAUCAUCCAAAUCACGCAAGAGGAAGACCAAGCGGCCAGCGGUUCCAAACACCGCCUUCAGGCACGGAGCCGCCAUCCCCUUCAACCUCAGGAUCCCAGGCCGGGGCCCCGGAGACAGCUGCACUUCGAUUCUCCCGUCGACAGAAGGGACGGAACGGUAGGAAACUGGGGAUUCGAACCAUGCUGCUCGGCGGGUUUCCCUGCCGACGAACGUGAGCCGGACCCGGUCGAAAUGCUAGAGAACGUUCUUCCAGGGGACAGACCAUUCCAGCCCAAGUGGAAAAUCCCCACAGCUGCCCCUGACGAUCCCUGUAUACCGCGAGAAAUCAACACUUCAGCGGACGAUCUUGCUCCGUACUGGGGGGACGGCAGACUUCCCAUCGUCCAAAGAGUCACUCACGGGUCAGGGUAUAACUACGGAGUGCCUCAUUCUUGUUUCAGACACAGCACUUCGGAGCAAGGGAACCUUUGGACCGAGACGGAGAAGAUCCGGGUGUGUGUCCGAAAACGCCCCCUUGGUCUGAGGGAGGAGCGCCGUGGAGAAGUGAACAUUAUCACAGUGGAAGAUCAAGAAACUCUCCUCGUCCAUGAGAAGAAGGAGGCUGUUGAUCUCACACAGUAUAUCCUGCAGCAUGUUUUUUAUUUUGAUGAAGUCUUUGGUGAGGCGUGUACCAAUCAGGAUGUAUACAUGAAGACCACUCACCCACUCAUUCAGCACAUUUUUAACGGAGGAAAUGCCACCUGCUUUGCAUAUGGACAGACAGGGGCAGGCAAAACUUAUACUAUGAUUGGCACUCAUCAAAACCCAGGACUGUAUGCUCUCGCUGCUAAAGACAUCUUCGGGCAACUCGAGGCGUCCCGGCCCAGGAGAGACCUGCAUGUUUGGGUCAGUUUUUAUGAGAUCUAUUGCGGACAGCUGUACGACCUGCUCAAUGGAAGAAAAAGACUUUUCGCCAGAGAAGAUAGUAAGCACAUUGUACAAAUAGUGGAGCUGCGGGAGCUUCGAGUGGAUAAUGUGGACCUGCUCUUAGAGGUGAUUUUGAAAGGCGGCAAGGAACGAAGCACUGGAGCCACGGGGGUAAACUCGGAUUCCUCCCGUUCUCACGCUGUCAUCCAAAUUCAGAUUAAAGAUUCGGCCAAGAGAACUCUUGGGAGGAUAUCAUUUAUUGAUUUGGCUGGAAGCGAGAGAGCCUCAGACGCUAAGGAUUCAGACAAGCAAACCAAAAUGGAAGGAGCAGAAAUAAACCAAAGUCUUCUGGCUCUAAAGGAAUGCAUCCGUGCGCUGGAUCAAGAACAUGCCCACACCCCCUUUCGGCAAAGCAAAUUAACUCAGGUCCUGAAGGAUUCUUUCAUUGGCAAUUCUAAGACCUGCAUGAUCGCCAAUAUUUCCCCAAGCCAUAUAGCUACUGAGCAUACCCUAAACACUCUACGCUACGCAGACAGGGUGAAAGAACUCAAGAAAGGGAUGAAGUGCUACCCACUGAUGACCAGCCAGAGCCAUAGGGCCGGACACCUGUCUCCAAAGCGUAACCAAUGCUCUUCUUCGGGCCUGCCGGGAGAGAAGAGUUCCCCCAAGAAAGUGAGGCUGGGACGGCAGUCACCUCUCCCACAGGGUUUUAGCCCAGCCAGGCCCAAGGCCUACCCUUUAGCUUUCCACCCGGCUAACAUCCCGCUGUCUUCUACCCCCAAGGUAGCUAGCAAAGGGAAGUCCUCCAGAGCCAGCCCGAGCCACGUCUGGCUCGCCCGCACCAGCCCCGUGAAAGGAACGAUAAGGGUCGGCUCCUCAGGGAAGAAGAAGGUGGGAGAGGGGGCUUUGGGCUCGGAGAAAGCUCCCCGACGCCCAGCUGAAGCGCCGGGGAACAGAGAGGUUGGCCAGAGUCAGGACGGGAGGCGGGGUAAGAAGGUCCAGACCGUGCAGCCGUUGCAAAAGCAACUCGUGGCCCGAAAGGAGCUUUCUCUCGGGGAGGUCCGCCCGGCGGAGAAGGGCGGCCAUGAAGGCGGAAACCGGGCGGCUCGGCCGAGCGCCGGAGGCCGGACUGGGCUCCCUCUCCGCCAGAAAGAGAGGGAGGCCCAUCUGCGCUCCUACCAUCGGCAGUUUCAGCAGCCGCCCCUUUUCUGUCAGAAGUUGAAAUCCCAGCCCCCGGAGUGGCUUCUGUGCCAGUACAGACUGCAGGAAGGCGACGGCCCAUCUCCUCCCCGUUCCCAGCCGCAGGACGGCACCCACCUGGAAGACCUGGACGACAGCGAUUUCAGCGACGAUUCCUUCACGCACGGCAGCCCCGGCACAUGUAGCCAGCCUUCCUUCUUCCUUCACCAGAGCGGAGACCGGGGGGCCACGGGACGGCCGGCUGGAGGCGGGGACGCCCUGCUUUUUCGUCUUGGGACCGGCCCGCGAGACAGCGGUCCGGACUCCGGCUGGGAUUGCCUCGGCGGGUCAUCCCGGGCCCGGGCAGAGGAGCCUAACGGAGACCGCGGCAGGCGGUCUCCCUCCGACUGGAGCCCAGGAGCAGGCCCGGUCUCUCCGGCCACCUCUCCCAACAGCCGGUGCGCCGAGAGGCCUCGCUGCUCUCAGGGCGGUCUCGGGUGCGGUUGGAAAAAUGGCUCUGGCAUCUCGGUUCAUCCCGAAUGGUUCACCCGUCCCUCUCCCGCCCUGCCUGACGCCCACUCUGCGUCUCCGGAACGGGAGGUCUCCGGCUUGUCGCCGUCCCCCCUUGCCGACCCAGCGUCUCCAGACAUCCCCAGGGAAAGGGAAGGCCACAGUGAAGACCUGGCCCCUCUCACGGGGGCCGUGCUGAGGGAAAGCCAGAGCGACGGAGGAGGGUCGUACAGGGGAUCGGGCUCCUCGGUGGAAUUCACUUCUGGGCCGGUGGCCCCCCUCACCGCAUCCCUCCUCGAGAGUACAGAAGGCGAAGUGUCCGGCGAGACCUUUCCCGAGCCGGGGCAAGAUACUCCCGUGACGGGGAAAGGGGUGUCCGAUGGGAGAAUCCGGAGAUGCGGCGGGGAGGCCCGGCCCCUCCUCGGGAAGAAAGGUCCGGCCACAGAGAUGGUGGCUGAGCCAACCCGACCCUGUGGGAGGAGAGCGGGCCCUCAGAUGGAAGAGUCAUGGUUUUCGCUGUCAUGUAGUGCAAACGGCCCGGGUUGCAGAUGGGGCAGUUCGCCUCCGGUGCCCGUCGGUCAGGGCCCAGCUGGAGAUCUGCCCGGCAGGGAUGAGCAAGAGGACUUGGUUUUCGGAACCGUGACGGGCAGAGGCUCCUUGAGCGGCCGGUGGUACGACGCGGAUUCCGAAGAGACUCCCGAGAUCAGGGGCCCGAGCUCCCCCGAAAAGCCUCACCCGAUGGUGGAAGGUCCGGCGGGCAGUCUGGGACCCGCCGCUCAGCUAAUGCCUGCGGGGCUGCACGCCCCUCUCCCAAAUCCAGGGCCUGCCCCAUUCCCAGCCCACCUCCCAACCCGAGAGAGCCCACCUUGGGCGGACCCCCCUCGCCAGGACCCGAGCUGGGCAGCGGGACCCUCUAGCUUGUCUCUUAGCGGCGAAGACGUCGGGCAACUCCAACAGCAGCGGAUCGGAAGUGUCCUCACGCGGGCUGGCUUCAAACUGGCCACUCAGGCUGGCUGCAAGUCAACUUCCCAGGCCCUCUCUGCCGAGCACGUGGGACUUUUGGCUCGCCAGCCUACUUCGGGGCACCCAUCUGGGGCCAGCGGCCAAGCCGGGACCUCUCCGGCGGGGGACUGGCCUGAAGGAGACCUGGAACGAGCCCGGAAGGUGGUCAUCGGAGCCCACCGAGAGCAGCUGGAUGAGAUGGCCCUGCUGGGUUCCAAGGAGGAGAGUCUGCUGAACCGAAUGGCGAUGGCGGACUUUCAGGACUUUGUGGCCCAGCUGGACGAGAUCAUGGCCCGGAAAUCCAAGUGCAUCCAGAGCCUGAGGACCCAACUGGGACGGUACCUGGCCCGCCCACCGCCGGCCCCGGCCCCCGAGAGAGCCCCGGCCUCUUAGGAAAACGGGGCAGAGUCGGGCUCCAACGGGGCAGGGGCUAGGGGAGGUGCUGCCAGGCCAGCUUUUUGGACCGUUUCUCGCCUGCAGAUGUUUUGAUCCCCAGAGAACCCUGAGCGUAAGUAAAUGGGAGAGCCAGCUCCUCCUCAGAACCACUCGGAGUCUAUCGUGACUUUCCCUCAGCACUGCACCCCUGUGCCCUGGCUCCAGCCAGGGACCCCGCCCAGACCCCUUCCAGGCACCGUCCACCCGUUGCCCAGCUGCCCAUCGCCCAGAUUAGGUCGGGCUUGGGAGGAAGAAUGAGAAACGAGGAGUGCCAGGCCCGGAGGGAGAAAGUGGCUGAGGACGGGGCCGUGGCGGG